AGCUCCGUUGGCUCGGCGACGACCACCCGCCGUCGUCGGACCGCGGCGCGCGCGGGGCGGAACGCGCGCCCACGUGCUGCCGCGGGUCGUGGAUGUGUGAUGCGCCACGACGUGCCAAUGGAUGACUCCCUACUUUUGAUUCAAAAGUUGGCCCACAAGAAAUCCAUAACUUCUUCCUUUCUGGAAGCCGAGACAUUCGAUGGAGGAGUGUCCGCACUGCCACGUGCAGCUGGAGUGCUUUUUGCUCUAAUGCCACUGUCUGUCGCCCUCCUGGUGGUGGCUAUGCUGGUGGAGCUCUUCGUCACCUCUAAGAGGUUCCACGUUGGCCAAGUCGGGCUGCGAUCUUUGUGGUUUCUUCUGGCAGUCCUCGCCACGGUGGACAUGUCAAUCCUUAUUCCAAUCUCCUUCGACAUCUCCCAGCAGCUGGGCUACGGGCCACUGGCCUCGGGCGUGAUGGUGGCGGCCUCUCAGGCCUUUCAGCCUUUUUUGGCUUUGCUUUCACGCUGGCUGGUGAUCGGCCAGAGUUAUCAGUACCAACGCCGCUUCAUGCUCAUUUGCCUGGGUGCUGAAGCGAUCCUUACAUGGCUGAUGGCCCCUGUGCUGGAGGCUUGCAACCAUUGGUCAGACCAAACAGUGCUGUACCUUUUGGUCUUCUUCCGUGCGAUGACCGGUGGUGUGAUCAUGCUCUAUGGGGUGCCACUGGCCUGCUGUGUCUAUGAUAGCGCGCCCUUGGAAGAUCGUCAGUCCUUGUCGAUUCGCUACUACCUGUUCCUUUCGAUUGGAGUUUGUUUGGGUCCUGUCGUGAGCAGUGUGAUGUUGAGCUUGCAUCAAGGUGGAGCCCACCAAGCCUGUUUUACCGGGAGGCAAAGCAUCUCCAUCCUGGGCUUCGUGUGGUCUGCAGUGGCACUUUUGAGCACAUGGUUACUGCCAAAAGAGAUCGAGGAAACCCACGAGAAGGACAAGACCCAUCAUGACGAGGCGACGGGCGAAAAUAGUGCUUUGAGCUUGGCCCAGGCAGUGCAAAGGAUUCCAGUGCAGACCAGGAGAGCGCUAGUCAUUUCCGCGGUGCUGUUCUCCGCCGAGAGGAGCUUCUCGAUCGGCGCCAUCGAGGUGGCGACGGCACUGCUGUUGGAGGUGGAAUACAGCUGGAGCUCUGAGCAGAUUGGCUACGCGUUAGGGGUCAUUUUCUUCAUCACUGCGGUGGUGGGGGGUGUCAUUGCUCUGCUACGGCGCAAGGUUUCUGACUAUACCUUGAUGCUCUCAAUGGCGACAGUGAGCAUCACUGGGGCAAUGCUCUUCAUCGACUUCGGUGGCCAGGAGAAAGGGCACAGCAGCCCCUGGCUCUUGAUGGUCGCGGACGUCACAGUCUAUUCUUGCAUGUUCCAGCUCACUGCCUUCAUGGAAGGCAUCGCAACAGAAGCAGCGGUGCCAGGAACUGCCUGCAGCCUUGAGAACUACAUCGUGGCGCGGAACUUGGCGAUCCAAAUCCCUCGGGCUCUAGGGCCUCCAGUGGCCCGUGGCCUCAUCGAUUUGUGCGGCAGGAAUACCUAUGCAGUGCUGCAACUUUGCUUGUCCUCGGUUGCCAUCUCGGGAGUGUGGUACGCCGCCAACACGGCGCGGAGUGAUGCAGUGGUGGGAAAGCAGCUUUGAGACUUUGAGAGAGCUUCAUGCUUUGGAGAAGUUGCAGGGAAAGCCGC